UGACGGAGCGGUGGCCCCGCCCGGUGCGCUGGAAGACGGAGCUUCCAGGUAGCGGCCCGCAGAGUCUGACCCAGAGUACGACGGGGUAGCCGGCGGGAGCCCACGGUCCCUCGGCGGCCUCUUUAAGGGAGGGGGCGGAGCCACGUGAAAGGAGCGCUAGGCUCCAGACUUCCUGAGCCCAGGUCCCCCCAGCUCAGCGCCAACAUGAGUGCGGAGGUCAAGGUGACAGGGCAGAACCAGGAGCAGUUUCUGCUCCUGGCCAAGUCUGCCAAGGGGGCAGCGCUGGCCACACUCAUCCACCAGGUGCUGGAGGCUCCUGGUGUCUACGUGUUUGGGGAACUGCUGGAUAUGCCUAAUGUUAGAGAGCUGGCUGAGAGCGACUUUGCUUCCACGUUCCGGCUGCUCACAGUGUUUGCUUACGGGACGUACGCUGACUACUUAGCCGAAGCCCGGAAUCUUCCCCCACUCACAGAGGCUCAGAAGAAUAAGCUUCGACACCUAUCAGUCGUCACCUUAGCUGCCAAAGUCAAGUGUAUCCCCUAUGCAGUGCUGCUGGAGGCGCUGGCCCUGCGCAACGUGAGGCAGCUAGAAGACCUGGUCAUCGAGGCUGUGUACGCCGACGUGCUGCGCGGCUCCCUGGACCAGCGCCACCAGCGGCUGGAGGUCGACUACAGCAUCGGGCGGGACAUCCAGCGCCAGGACCUCAGCGCCAUCGCCCGGACCCUGCAGGAGUGGUGUGUGGGCUGCGAGGUGGUCCUGUCAGGCAUUGAGGAGCAGGUGAGCCGGGCCAACCAGCACAAGGAGCAGCAGCUGGGCUUGAAGCAGCAGAUCGAGAGUGAGGUCGCCAACCUGAAGAAAACCAUUAAGGUUACAACAGCCGCAGCGGCCGCGGCCACGUCUCAGGACCCCGAGCAGCACCUGACUGAGCUGAGGGAGCCGGCCCCGGGCACCAACCAGCGCCAGCCCAGCAAAAAAGCCUCCAAGGGCAAGGGGCUCCGAGGGAGCGCCAAGAUUUGGUCCAAGUCGAACUGAAAGGACUGUCAUUUCUUCUCGGGAUGUGGGGUGCUCACUGCCCACCCACCCACCCCAUAGGAGUCCUCAGCCUUCCUGUGCCCCUGGCCAGCUGAUAAUCUAGGUUCCUGACCCCUAGCCCUGCCGGCUCCCAUGCCUGCUCCCCCACCCCCAAGCAUAGGCCACACCUUCUCCAGGGAGGAGGGACGUACAAGUCAUGUUUUUGUUGGUACUUGUUGUUUCACAUGACUUUCUUACGUGUUCCAUUGUCCCCUCCUCCCCCCCGCCAUGCUCUUCGCCCUGUUUCUUUAGGACCCAGCAUCUGUCCCCAUUCACUACACACCACUGUCCCCACCAUAACACCCACAAGUCCCUUUCCUGCCGCCCACACCUUGCAUGCCUCUGCCCGCCUGCCCCCACCCCCCAGCCUGUUCAGGCAGCAUCCAAAGAGCCGUAGGGCUCCCACUUUUAUUCCCAUGCUGAGAGCUCUGGGAGCCAGCCUGCCAUUCUAGGAGUCGCUGAACACUCGCAGCCUAGAAUCUUGUCCCUCUGCAGCCGUUCCCAUCCUGUCUCCCCACGUCGGGUCAUGGGAGCACUGCUGCUCCAGUGACCCCAGAGCCUCAAGACAGCUGUUCUCAAGCUGUCAUGAGAUGGUUCUUUCUUGGCCCUGGCUGUCCCUCGAAAGCCUGACGGCCAUCCUGGAAGGAUUUAUACUUCCUCUUGUGAGUUUGGUGGGGAACGGGAGGGGAUAUAGAUUGUAUAAAAAGAGUAUAUAUACAUAUAUCUAUAUAUAACAUGACACACAAAUAAAUCUAUGAGAAGUCUAUCUACAAACUA